AUGACGGAGCUCGAGAGCCGAAUCUGCCGCGGCGAUCCAAAGCAGCAGAGCUCUACGCACACUCCGCCUCGAGCUGCAUCCAAGAAGUGCGGCACAAAAGCAGCCUUCCGAACCGGGACAGUCCCGCGAUACGGCGUAGAAGAGCUUCCCAUAACAGCGACUGAUCUGACGAGGCCAGUCGCAAUCAUGGCAUCGAACACGCAGUUCACGGCUUCACUUCCGACUCUGCGCCUACCAUUGGACAACAACAGCGACUCGUCUGGACGGACACAGCUAUACGAUGUACUAUCUCAGCCACGAGAGAUACUGGAUGCAGUCGACCAAUGGCUCGAGUUGGACUCGACAGAUGGCUUCGCUAUGCGAGGGAGUACAGAGCGGGGUUGA